CGUAACGUGCGCAUGCGUGAUUACCUUUCUGAAAGCAAUGGGAGACCGUUGGAAUUACUACUUGCUGCCGAAUUGAAUUCACUUGUUUAUUUCUUUGAAGCAGUUAUUUCUUAUGGAGUUAAUGUGAAUAAUCAGUGAUGUGACGUGUUUUAUUUAAUUAGGUGAUUCCUAAAUUCUAAAAACUAUUUGUUCACAAUGUCGUUAUCUAAAAAGGAGGAAUAUGAACGACUGAGAGGUCUCAUCAAUCAGUGGAAUGUUGAUCAUUACGAUAUUUUUGAAUUGAGUCAACCAGAUCAGAAUUUAGAGUUCCACGGAGUAGUGAGGUUUUUCUUUCAAGGUGGUGUAGGUGCAAAUGUGAUUACAAAAUGCAUCAGAGUGUCGAGUACUGCCACAACAAGAGAAGUAAUCGACGUUUUAAUCGAAAAGUUUAGACCUGAUAUGCGCAUGUUAUCUCAGAAUAAAUAUGCUUUGUAUGAGGUUCACGUCAAUGGAGAGGAAAGAAGGUUGGAGAAUGAUGAAAAGCCUCUAUAUGUGCAACUUAAUUGGGGAAAUGAUGUUCGAGAAGGAAGGUUCUUGCUCAGGAAUGAGGACCACCCCACUGUUAGGGAUCCAGCCCUGGGAUUUGACAAGUCUGUACUGCAGCAGGAACAAGCAGGCUUCAAGAGGAAGCUCUCUAAGAGAGAGAAAAAAGAGAAGAAGAAACGUGAGCGAGAUAGAGGGAAAGAGAAUGUCAAUGGAGAUGACAGUGUUGCCAACAAGCUGUACGAGGAAGCUCCAGAGACCAGCUUCACCAGGAGCAUAUCCAACCCUGAAGCUGUCAUGAGGAGAAGAAGGCAGCAGAAGCUGGAGAAGAAACUUGCCCAGAUGAAUGCAGCAGAGGGUGGAACAGACAGUGGAGGAACACUUAAAAUUUAUGGCGAGUCCUUGCAAAGAGAAGUGCCAUACAAAACACUUUUCCUUUCAACUGCAGACCCAGCAUCUGCUGUAGUAAAAGAAGCACUAGAAAAAUAUGGUAGGGAGAAAGAAGACCCUACCCAAUACUGUCUUGUGGAGGUCCUGCUACCACCUGGAGGUAUGGAAUACCAUGGUGGAACAGCAACAGGAGAUGAGCGUGUCCUGGAUGACAAUGAGUGUCCUCUGGCUAUUGUCAUGCAACAUGCGAAACACAGAGGUCAGGGUCACAUCAUCUUUCAGCUGAGGGAAAGGACUGCUGAUUACAAGAAAAGAAGUAAGAGACCUAGAGCUGUGUCCCAAGAUGACUUGCGCAAUCACCAAAGUGAUCAAAGACACACUAAUGUGGACAUGCUGCCAUAUUUGACAGAACUAAAUGUUAGAGGUAAACCAAAGCGACAUGUUUUGCCACUUAAUGUCACUGAAGUUGUUAAUGUAACAGAAGUUGUAAAUAACAGACAAGAAUACAAUGGCAAACACUUUUUACAGCUCUCUGGCAGUGAUAUUCGCCCUAGACAUUGUGUGAUUGCACAUACCGAAGGCAUUGUAACAGUCACUCCUAACAGUCAUGAUGCUGAAACAUAUGUAGAAAGACAGAGAAUCUAUGAAACUACAAUGCUGAAGCAUGGCAUGACAGUACAGUUUGGCAAAGAUAAAUUGUACAGGUUUCUGGACCCAAGGUUUGAUGAGCCACCAAUGCAGAACCAGCCAUAUCAACUUCCUAACAAGACUCCUCGAGGUCAGCCUCAAGAAACAAACUUUGAUGUUGAUGGCCAUAUUGAAACUGUACAGGGAUCUUCUCCUCUUCAAAGGCCACCAUCUUGGGAAGGUCAACAAAGAAGGAGUAACUCUGACAGAUCGCCAGGAUCUUCACAAGGAAUGGAAGAUUUGCUGCCUGCUUCUGUGGAAUAUUUUAUUGAUGCUGAGGACCGCUUGCUUCAAGCCUCUAUCCUACAGGUGAACAGUAAACAGCUUCAAUUUAAGCUAGCUCCAACAUAUACACUAUACAUGGCAGCUAGAAAUUUGUUAGCUGCUAGAUCACCUGUGGCUUACAGGGGACAGUUAGUAGCUGAUUUUGUCAGCAAAACUGCCAAGAUGACCCAACAGAGCAUUCAGGAACAUCAUAAUGACCCACCUUCACUGGCAUUCUGGAUGGCCAACUCAUCAGAGAUGUUGCACAUGUUCAAACAAGACAGAGAUAUUUACCACCAGAGUACUAUAUCUCAGGAGAUGCUGGCAGAAGCCGUCCAGACUGCAUUUCAUCAUUUAGUCAGGUGUCUGCAAGGAGAUUUGCAGAGGGUCAUGCCUGCUUUUCUUGAUUCUUCAGAUUCUAAUGACGUUGAUGAUGAAAUGGGUCAGCGUUACAACAUGGGAAGACCAACGCUAGCAGAUGUCCUUAACACAUUAUCUGCUGCUAUGACGUUAUUGAGGAGAUGCCGUGUCAAUGCAGCUUUGACGAUACAGCUGUUUUCUCAACUCUUUCAUUUCAUCAAUAUGUGGCUGUUCAACAUUCUUGUCACUGAGCCGCAGCUUCAGUUAUGUACACGAGUGUGGGGAAUCCGGUUGAAAAGGAGACUUGGAAGUGUGGAGGCUUGGGCAGAGAAACAAGGCUUGGAAUUAGCUGCUGACUGCCAUCUUUGUAGAAUUAUACAAGCAGCACAUUUGCUUCAAGCCCCCAAGUCAAGUCCAGAUGAUAUCACAAACAUCAGCUCCACCUGCUUCAAACUGAAUUCUGUGCAGCUGCGCGCUCUCCUGACUCGUUACAUUCCAGAACCUAAUGAACCCCCGGUGUCAGGUCCAUUUAUUGACAGAGUUGUCUCUAUAGCUGAAAAUAUGGCAGAUGAGUUGACAAGGACUGAUGGACGUGAAGUGGGAUUAGAGGAGGAUAACGAUCUACAUCUUCCAUUUUUAUUGCCUGAAGAUGGUUAUUCCUGUGACACAAUCAGAGGAAUUCCUAAUGGUCUUCCAGAUUUUGUCAGACAGCUUGAAAAUGCAGGCAUUUGUCGGUUCAUUAUCAACAACAAUGCAUCUGGUAGCUGGACAGUCUACAUGGGAGAUGCACCUUAUCCUGAUAUGAAAUUGAAUAGCCCAGUUAGUCCAGGACAUGGAUUGCCUCCCACACCAGAGAUCAUUACAGUUUCUUUUAACAAGGUCAAAGGCAGUAUGGGGCUUAGUAUUGUUGCUGCUUUCGGUGAAGGUCAAGCUCAGCAAGGCAUUUACAUAAAAUCUGUAGUUGAAGGUGGAGCUGCUGCACUUGAUGGUCGACUUCAGGCAGGAGACCAGCUGUUAGAGGUUGAUGGUAAAUCUCUGGUUGGCCUUUCUCAGGAGAAAGCCGCCGAGUUGAUGACUAAAACUGGUCAGGUGAUCAAAUUAAAAGUAGCCAAAAGAGCUGUCCUCUAUCACAACUUGGGGUCUCUGCUUAGUCAGCCCUCACCUACAAGUCAAAGAGCUGCCCAGAAUCGGGGACCAGGUCCUAACAAUAGAAUGCCUAAUGAUGAUGGCCCACCUCCUCCAUAUGAUGGUCGAGAUAGUAAACCAGUCAAUGGUUAUGGUGAUGCAAACAAAAUGCGAGCACCAUCAUCUGGAAAUCUAGCCAGUGCACGGCCAGGAGCUAAUGAUCCGUAUAACUACCGCAAAGAUGAUCCACGGUCAAAAUCAACUUCAAAUUUACAUGUUGAUACCAACUUAGACCGAGCAGACAUGCACUCAAGUAUGAAACCAGCACAGUCUGUUGGUAUGCUGCAUCCAUCUUCUCCUGGAUAUGGCCAGUACUCUCCAGGUGGUAGAAGACUAGAUGUAAGACCCAAUGAUUAUGAAAACCAACCCACUUAUCCUAAAGCAGGUGGAGAAGGGCAGGGUAGGCCAGGGUACAACUUUGUAGAUCCCAGACAGAAUAUUCCGGGACAACCAAAGCCACAGAAUCAGUUCCAGUCCCCUGGUUAUGUACAACAGAAGAACUCGGAUAGGUCAUCUAUUUCAUCUAAAACCUCUUCCAACAGUAACAGAGAUUCUAGACCACAGUCUGCUUACUAUGAUCCUCACAAUGCCAAUAGGGACAAUUCAGAUUUUGUCUCCCGACCAAAGUCAGAAGAUGUUGGGAGCAAGUUAAAGGAGUGGCAAGAUAAAUAUGAAGAUCCUAGAAGUGGCUACAACAAACAGCCUGGCAGGGGGCAAAGUCCACCUUACAGCAAUAUUGGUGCUCAGAAUAGGGAGCCUCCACCACAGCCACAACAUAACCCUCCACCUAAACCCACAGCUCAUGAAAGACUCUUCAGUCAGCAAGGUAUGCCACAGAAAGCUAAUAACAGUGCCUAUAACAGACAGCCCAACUUCUAUGAGAACACAGUUCCAUUGAAACAGGAGCCCCCACCUGCUUUUCAUCAACUAGCACGUUUACCCAGUGACAAUGACUUAAAACCCAGACCAGGUCCUAAGCCUGCAGCGAUUGUUAAGAAAAAUCAGCCACGUGUUCAACACACUGACCUGCCAAUGGUCAGAGUUGACAACAGACAAACCCAGCCACAUUUCUAUGGCGACAACAGAUCAACAGUGUCAUUAGAUCAGGCCAGCAGUCCUCAAUCUACAGGGUACUUACAACCUAGUGGGCCACAGUUUGAUGCAAGAAAUGCCCCACCACAAGCUAGCAGAAUCCCUGCACAGCCAGACUACAGAAAUGAUUCUAGAUUUGAUUUACAACUUUCUCCUGACCCCAAAAAUGGGCCAGUUCAAGACUAUAGAAAUACCACUGACCCAAGGAAUAUUCCAGACAUGCGAAGUGCACCUGAUCUGAGGAAUAUUCCAGAUAUGAGAAACGUACCUGAUCCAAGAAAUAUUCCUGAUCUAAGAAAUGCUCCUGACCCAAGGAAUAUGCAACAGUAUGGUAAUGAUAUAAAUUAUUCACAGCAGCCAGACUAUCGUAACAGCACUAACAAUCUACCAAGUCCAAUUUACCAGGAUCAGAAUCGAUCACUUCCACCAACAAAUCAACACUUCCAGCAACAGAGGUAUCCUGAACCUGUCAAUUCUUAUGGAUACUCUUCAAAUUCUCAUGACACCCCACCCCCACCAUUGCACAAUAAUACCCAUCCUGGUUCAUACCAAGACAAUUUUGAGGAGCCUCCAACCCUUCCACCUCCACCAUCAAAUGAGGCAUUACUAGAACAGAAGCUUGCUGAAGAGCAGCAGAAACUGAUGCAGACUAUCAAUGCAACAAACCAGUUCUUGGCUGACAGGCACCCAAGACCAAAUACCCAGCCACAGCAACCCUCCCAGGCUCAGCUUUACCAACCAUCACAACAGCCACAGCAGCGUUAUCAACCUCCUGUCCAUCAACCAGCUGUUCAGCCAAUAAACCGAGUGCUUCCCUCUGGCAUAGAUAACACCGCUAUUAUGGGAUAUCAACCUGUGCAAGACAACUACAGAAAUGACUCUCACCCUAACUACCAAAACAUUGGUUUUAGUUCAGGAGAGCCUCAGCCACCACCAGUACCACAACCACCAUCUGAAUACGACACUUAUGACAAUCAGUCUUUGAAAGCCCAAGGAUUUCAGGUUAAACCUGCUGUGCCUCUCAAUAAACCAAAGUUAAAGCAAGACAUCAAUAACAGAUCAGCAUGGGAUAGGGAUGCUAAAGAAAAAGCAGAGGAAGAAGAACAAGAAGAACUUUAUAGAGCAAGAGAACAAGAAAUAGCUGAAUUAGAAUCAAGGCCAUUCUUAAACCCCUCAGAGCAAGAAAGAUUGAGAAAGUUAAAAACAGAGCAGGAGUUCCAGAGGAGGGUUAGAGAAAUUGCUGAAAAGGGAGAUUAUGAUUAUGAAGAUGAUGACGAAAUGGCAGAAAGAUUAUUUACCCGUGAAAGAUUAAUAGAGAAUGUAAAAGAAGAGCUGGAAAGGUCUAGAGCAAGAAUGCUAGAUUUUGAACAAGCUCAACAGAGAGCUGAUGCGUCUAGGGAAGCCGAGAGAUUAAAAGCUCUUGAGAGAAGACUGGAAAUGCAUGAACAAGACAGAGAAGAGCAGCGAUUGAGAAUGCAGAAAAGGCAAGAAAGAAGAUCUAAAGAAUAUCAGGAGCAACUACGACUGCAGAAGGAAACGAGAGAUAAACAACGUCAAAACUAUGAAGAACAAAAAAGAUUACUACAGAAAGAGGAAGAAAAACUUAAUCAGCGAAGGGAAGAGGAACUGAACAAAAAGAGGCAGUUUGAGCGUGAACGUCGACAAGAAUUACAAGAUCAACGAGAUGCAGAAGAAAAACGGCUACGAGCAGAAGCAAGAAGAGAAGAGGAAGAAUAUUUUCAAAAACAGUUGGCCCAAGAAAGGCAGCAGAGAAUAGAUCAAAAUAGGCCAAUAAGAGUUGAAGAUGAAAAGAAACGUCUUGAUUCAAUGAAUUCUCAAACCCAAUCCAGUCCAACAUCACCAGGAUACUCUCAGUAUGCAAAUAUUCCAAGCCAGCCUGAACCAGCCCCUCCACCUCCUGCUAGAAACUCAUCAUAUGAAACAUUUAACCAGCACAGAGCAUCCUUUAGAGGAGUCAACCCUGAUUUCCCCCCACCUGUUAAUCCUAAUGCAGCCUCUACAGGUGCUCUGCCUUCUGCUUUACGGAACAGUAAUGAGCCUCCUCCCCCGGCAAAAAAAUCAGUUUCAUUCAAUACUCAGAUGAAUACUUAUAAAGAACGCACACCUAAUCACUCAGUGUCUUCAUACAAAUCUCCAACAGGAUCACAAUCGAUAGAGGAGAUGCUCCCCCCUCCUAAUUUUAGUCCUGAGGCAGAUGUGUUUGACUCCCCUAAUCCCCCCUUAUUUAACAAAAGUAAUGGCUCUAUUCCAAACACCAAUCGAGGAACUGAUGUUGUCUACAGUACAUCAAACAACACCCCUAAUGUCAUUGGGGCACAAGAAGUUUACAGAGACCCCCGCUCUAGAAUUGAAGCCAAAAUAGCAUCCCAGUCAACAGGUCGUACACCAAGCACAGACAGGAUGUCAUUCAGAGAGAAGAUGAAAUACUUUGCUGCUGAAGCUGGAGAAGGUACCAUCAAAGACAAGCCAAAGUCUUCUAAAACAUUAAGGUCUAUUGAAUCUCAACUUAAUGGUCAGUAACAAUACUUGUUUUUUUUUAAAAUUAAUUUUAACCUUGUUCUUCCUCAUUGGCAAACCAUACUGAAGAUAAAUAGACUUGUUGAAUAAAACAAGAUUACAUUUUAGGACAUUGCUCACUAAAUACACUGGAAAUUCUUUUCACUUAUAUUUUUAGAACUGCUUUUAAAAUAUAUUUCCCAUGUGUGUUGUUCUUUGCAAAUGCAAAACUGGAGAAAUAGUACCCUUUGAUGAUUAUAUUCAAAUCAUAUUCUUAUAUUAUUCACAUUUAUAAGCAUUAAGAAACAACUCUGUGAUGGUUGUGGAAAAAUAAAAACUUAAAAUGCUAUCAAGAAAAGGAGUAAAUCUUAAUGUAUAGCUAUAACCUUGAUUGUGGUGGAGUUUAUAAGAAGUGGUUGGACAAUAAAUUAUUGGACUGUGUUGUGCCAAAAGUUAAAUUUGAACUUGCCAGACAAAUUGUUGUGAAAGUGAGCAGAGAUACUGUGUACAGUGAUGAAUGAAGUUUUGAUGUGCUUCUAAAGGUAUUAACACUAGUGGCCUAAAUGAUUGCUUAUUAUUAGGUUAAAACCAUGUUUUAUUAUAAACAUUUCUUUCAUAUUCAUUUGACGCAUCAUUCGUUUGUAUGAAGUGUAAUUCUAGAUAAGCUAAGGUUUAUUUUUUAUCUCAACAUAUUCUUCUUAUUCAUAUAUUUU